AUGGCUACUGCAGCAGCAGCGCUGCCGGGCACCUUCAACUUCCAAGGUCUGCCCGGCGAGCUUCGGAAUGCGAUCUUUCUCCAAGCUCACAGGGACCGACGAAACUACGUGAUGCACCACUAUUUCCUAGUCCAAAGAGACGUUACUGUAGGCCGGAGCCUUCGCCGUUACUAUAGCAUGCCGCGGUGCUACGUAUGCGUGAACCCCUUCGGCCGGUCAAUCAAUGACAACACGCCAGUGACCAGACACGCACCAAUUUUCCGUGGCAUACCCGGGUCCAAUGUCGACGGCCAUUUCUUGAGCUGGCGCAAGAUCGAACUGCCGCGCGGGGCGCACUUCAAACGAGCCACAAUGACUUAUGCGACCCGCAACGUUAGAGCGCAGUUCGCAGCCAGUGAACAUCGCCCGCCUGGGGAGAAAUACAUCUACGUCGACUGGUUUCAGGACGUGUUUGUAUUCCACAACGUAUAUGGAUAUCCACCAUAUAGCGCACCGCCAGCCGAUGUUUCGUCCGAUAGGCAAAACCAGUUUCAGUUCCUCAGCGACAACUUGUCGAGAGGAGUCAAUCAAAACGUCGGAUAUACUGCCGGUGGGGGGCACCUCAACUGGGUCACCAACGUCCGCAAGGCCGGCGUCAUCAUCCACGACCACUUCUAUCCGGUCACGCCGGCGCCACUCCGCGACGGGUACACCCAGUGGAUUCUGACGAUAGUCAACAAUGUAAUCGACCGCUUCCAGUCCCUUCAGCGGCUGUACCUCAUUAUCGACGCGUGGGACCCGGCGUGCGCGCUUCUGGCGGGGGAUAGGCGGGACCUCGACACCGGGAGAAGGCAGACACUGGACAGCGACGGGUUCGUGGACUACUUCCGGUUCCUGCGCAGCCACCGGUCGGCGAUUCACCAUUCCGGGUAUGUCUGUCAGUGUCAAAUACCCAUCCACGCCCCGCCGCCGGCGCAUUUCAAUCCCUAUUUGUACGACUCCAUGCAGGACGCCGUCCUACGGAACAAUCUGGAGACCGCGGUUACGCGUUCCUGGAUCAUGGGAAAUGUUACGCUGGAGUCAAGACUUCUCCGCACCUUGCGUCGCAAAGCCAGAACACAGUGGUCUGUCUACUGUGGAUAG